AUGCCAGCGCCCUCGCCCCUCCCAACCUGCUUAUAUAAGAUCCUGCCUUCUGCCCCGCCAUCACCCCUCCCCGCGCGUCUUCCGCUCUCAGAUCUCGACCGCAAUGACGGUUACAUCCAUCUCUCGACGUCAGAGCAGGUCCCUGGCACCGCCGACAAGUUCUUCAGCGACGUCUCUGAGCUGUGGCUACUGAAGAUGAAGUACGAGGCGCUGGCCGCGGGUACCGAUGGUGAUGGGCAGGUUCAUGCGGACAAGAAGGCUGAAAUCAAAUGGGAAGAGGUCGGACGAGGUUGCUUUGCACAUCUCUACGGGGCAGAUCUGGGCAACGGGAACAUCGUGAGUGCGCAAAAAGUCGAGAAGAAAGGCAGCUGGGCUGAGAGCUUGAGCUUAGAAUGGUGA